AUGGACAGGAGAAUGAACUUGAGUGGCCCAGGAGAUAUUUUCCACAAAACUCUGAGCGCUGUUUCUAACAAAAACAUGGACUCUUUCCGACCGGCUGUGGGUAUUGAUCUGCCUUCCAGGGACCGCCAAUCACCAAUCAGCUGUUUCGAUCAGGCUGACUCAGACCCUAUUCAGCCUGGCGGUUUGGUGGGAGGUCGACCAGGAACGCUUGGUCUGCCGACUGGAUCUUUGUGUGUGAAAUACGGCGAGAGUGGAAACAGGACUUCGGCGGCGGAGAGCAGUGGUGGGGAACAGAGCCCGGACGAUGACAGUGACGGCAGAUGCGAGAUGAUGCUCAUGCCAGACGGGAGGACAGCGGUGUCCGGAGGUAAAGCAGAAGGAGGUAAGAAAAACAAAGAACAAAAAUUGCUGAGACUGAGCAUCAAUGCCCGGGAGAGAAGGAGGAUGCACGAUCUGAAUGAUGCGCUCGACGAGCUGCGAGCAGUGAUCCCCUACGCGCACAGCCCCUCUGUACGGAAACUCUCCAAAAUUGCCACUUUGCUGCUAGCCAAAAAUUACAUUCUUAUGCAGGCACAAGCGCUGGAGGAGAUGAGGAGGCUAGUCGCCUAUCUCAACCAAGGCCAGGCUAUCUCUGCUGCUUCUCUGCCCGCGACCACAGCUCUGACACCGGGUUUAGGAGCUUACGAGCAGCCACCAGGGUAUCCAUUCCCCGCUGGAGUUGCAGCCUCCUCCUGUCCCGACAAAUGUGCCCUUUUCAACAAUGUCACCUCCAGCCUCUGUAAGCAAUGCACUGACAAGCCUUAA